UAUCCUGUGACGUCAUCAGCCAGUGUUGCCAAACAGCGAGACGGGAAAAGCCACGUUGACCGUGCCACCCGAAGUCCGCUGUGAACCUGUCCAUACGGAAGCGAGGCGAACCUCGGGGGGGGAUAAAAGCGCACAUAUUUAUUCGCUUUAAGCGCCGCGUUUCAUUUCUGCAAGCAUGUCUUCGCCACCGAAAGAGAAAACGGAGACGAAAGCCGGACACCCCCCUGCUGUGAAGGCGGGGGGGAUGAGGAUAGUGCAGAAGCACCAGAGCGGCCCGGAGCCGAUACCGGACAAGGACAGCAAGGAGUUUGAGAGCAGCAGUCCCCCGAAGGCUCCCCUCGUCAUCUCAGGAGUGGUCACAAAGGGCGACAAGGACUUCACCCCGGCCGCCGCCCAAGUGGCCCAUCAGAAGCCCCAGCCCGCGGUGGAAAAACUGCCCCCACCUCACCACAUCAACCAGCACAUCCACCAGCCCCGCAAGUGAAAGGCGUCCCGGGAGGGGGGGGUGGGGGUCAGGACCACACCACCCACCCGUCCACACUCAGGUUCACAAGACAACUGUCGAGCAUUCCAAGAGGUCUCUCCAAUCUGCCUGUGGCAUGGGGCCGCACCAGGAAGCUGGUGCCUGCCGUGAGAUCACAUGCAAACACAAUGACCACCCCCUCCCCCUCUCCUUUGUCACCGUUGUGCAGCAAAUUAACGCUAAAUGUCUCAUUCCUUUUAAGAAAAUUAGCCACAGCUAUGAGCAGCAUUUGAUUUAUUUAGGAAGAUGUAGAAAACGUUUGUUUACCUAAUAAUUUCUGACAUUAAUUGUAAAUUUUUGCAAAUUAUUUGUUUUUUGGAGAAUUAACUAUUUUAUCGGAAAUGAAGAAAGUGCAAUUGUCCUUAAUCUCUCGUGUUGGAGUAAAAUAAACAAAAGCUUUGUUUUCCAAA